CCAUUUUGGUCUGGAAACGCGUAUGGUUUUCGAGGGAACUACAGGAGUGUAUGAACGUUUUUAUCGUUUCAAUUCCAAAUAAGUAGGAGCAAGAUAGGUAAGAAAGAAAGAGAAAUAAGAGAAUUCUAAAUGGAUUUGAAGAAAAAUGAUGACAAGUAAUGAUGACAUAAUUUCUGCCAACAUGCCAGGUCUGAAUUCGGGUGUGGAUUUUAGAGGUCUGGUCUGAAAACGGGUCCUUUUUUUCGCUGGUGUGAUUUUCGAGCUUAUUCCAUACACCCCUCCCCCUCCCCCCAAAGAAAUAUCAGCCGUUUGGCCCUUUUCCACUCAAAUGGCUUCAAAUUUCGCUACAAUAGGUUCGUUUUAAAAAAAUCAGCUAAAUAUAUUAUAAGCUUACCAUAACACCUUCUCUUAAUUUGUUUCAGCUUCUGGCCAAGUUGUUUCUUCUAUUUAGGAACACUUGUGCCCAUUACAUGGACUGCGGAGCUUCGACUUUUGGAAGGCAGACUCAACAAUGAAACUAUGGACGCAAAGAAAACCAUGCCGGGAGGGGUAAGAACGGAAAUAAUUCACCAAAGUGGUGUCGCAUGAGGUUAGGGUAGGGGGCAUUGAGUGAAAGUUAGUCUGUGGAAGCGGAUUUUUCACUGUUUAUACACAUAUUUCACCAAGGGAGGAUAAACGUAAAUAUUUAAAGGUAGACAAACCUAUUUGAAGGUCGACAAACCUACUUGCUUUCUACAUUAAUUUCCCAGAUCCGUGUCAGUCAAGAAGAAUUAAAAAAGUUAUGUGAGAUUGGGCUUAUGCUGAUCAUUAUUUUAAGCCGUUGGUUGCUUCCUCGUGGCUCCAUCACGCGCGAUCAGCUGUCCCUGUUGCUCCUCGAGUACGUAGCCAUUGCUGCUGAUAUUCUGGAGUUGUUUGAAGCUUUUGAAGACGAACAGGUGUUUAUCUGUAUACUGCUUUUUUUAAUAAAUCAUUCGCUUCAGUGAAAACAAAUCCAAUGGCCAUUCUAUGUUGAAUUGAACUAAAGGAAUGUCAGGCCGACGAUUGUGACUCAGUCAGCUCUCUAACCACGCAGUGGCCUAUUAAAAGACCUUAUCAUUCGUGAUAAGGUGGUUCAAAAUUGUGAUCAUCUGACCAGCAAACCUAGGGCGGACGUAGCGCUCCUUCCACCAUAAUUUAAAUUUUCUCUUUGGAAAAUAAUUGUUCUCGUAGCACACGACGUUAAACGUUUAUGCUUCGCACACUUUGCCCUUUUCUUCUUGCAGACUAUUCAUUACCAGUAAGUUCAUGUCCUCCCAAAGGACUAUUUUUUCUCUCUUGCAAUGAUGUAAUUUCUCUCGAUUUUCGUUUAUUAAAACACGACUCAAUCAUCGUCAAGGAAGUGAAAACCUUUUAGCAAGGAAAUCCUGUUUUGGGUAGAAUAAAUCGCCUCCUCAAUUCUUUUCUAUCUCCAAGCAAGCGAGACUUCAACUCUUCCAGAGCGUUCUUGUUUAACUUAGACAAACAAACAUCGAAAAAGCAAUGGUACACAGAAGACGAUUUCUCAAAAUCUACUCAUUAAAAUUUUGUGAUAUUUGGCAGAAUUUUUACUUUUAUCGUAUUCUAAAUAAUUAGAACUUUAAAUGGAAGUUGAACGGACGAAUUUUGAGACACAUUAAAUAAAUACAGUACAAUUAUAUUAUUGAUUAUCUAUAAAGGUCCGUCUGUUAAAAUUUGGUCAUGAAGUUUCAAAUGGUAAUGACUAAUUAUAGUAUUCUGUGUGCAAGUUUAUAGCCAAAUCUGAUGGGCGAAUUUUAUGUAAACUGAGCAAAAGUGAAAUUUGAAGGUUGUAUUAAAAGGUUCUUGUUGCCAUGGAAACUAGGAAAACGUCAGUUUUACCUGUCAAUCAAGAUCUUUCAUCGGUAUAUUUUUCACUUGCAAAGUUUGUGAACUACCUUUCUCUUGCCAUGUUUUGACGAAUGACAUAUACUCACAAACUGCCAAAACUGUGUUCAGCCACCUUUAAGGCAGAGACACAUGCACAUAGAAUACUAAUGAAGGUAGACUGAUGAAACUGGAUAAAGUCUUGAACAUUUAUUGCUACUCACAGUUUCAUGCUUCUUGCGAAGCAAUCAUCCGGCAACCCCACGGCCAUCAGUCUAAUGUUAUUCUGCUCUAGUCGACAUAGUUCAACUUAAUUGAGCAGUGACUCUUAUAGUCGAUGAGGGCCGUCAUCACUCUAGUAGUUGGUAAGAUACUAAUGUAAAUGCACGAUGAUCGUUAUGGUCUUGUGAACCAAUGUUGUGAAUCAAGAGCUUCGCUUUUAGGCUUGCCUUAAAUGUUCAUUGAUUUGACAUGAGAACGCUUAUUAAAGCUAUGAUUGAUUUCAGGUUUCGAACAAUAGAGAGAUAACAUUGUUUACACUUGGAGUGUUUACAUGGAGUCUUUUGCAAUUCACCCUGGUUACCACGUCAAUGGGUAGCGAUAAAAGCCAACAAGACGAGGCUGACAUAGAAGAAGAAAAGGUGAAAACGAACACAAAACGUUGAAUUUUUUCUUAUUUUCUUACUCGUCGCAUAAAACAAGCCAGCGUGACAGGCAUCAAAAGCAGAGGGCAGGGGCACCCAAGGGGCACCCAACGACGGUUUCCUCCUAAAUACAUUAAAAAUACUUUUUAGACUAUCCAGAGUGCUUUUAGAUCUCUAGAAUUGCAUUUUAAGCGGUGCUAUAAAAUUUGUAUCUGUUCGGUCAUCCUAGGGGAGCUUGAGUCUUAUUAGAGUCUAAUUUAUAGAAUUAUUAUUUUCCCGAAAAUUUUAGAUGCAAUUUAACGUAUUACGAAAAUGAAGAAUUUUUCUGAUUCCUCUCUCCAUCACAUUAUUGAAUCCGAAAAUUUUAGGUUUCCUUUUUUGUACCAAAAAGAGCCCGACCUAGGGAGUGAAAUGUAAAAUAUUAAACUUCAGAAAAUCGUAAGGAAUUUUAAUUAUUAGAUAAGCUUCGAAAAUUGUCCAUGAAUGGAACGGUCAUCUAGAAAUUUUUAGCUGUCCUCAAAUACACCUUUUGCCCUUCAUUACCGGGAAAUAAGUUUCUAUUAACGCUAAAAUAUUAUUCCUUUAACUAAGGUACAAACAAUUUAGCCAAGGAAGCAGACAUUUAAGUUUGCGGCAUAGUCAUUAAAGAUUUUUACAUCAAGAAGAACAAUCAUUAAGGCUAAUUUCUAUACCAUUUUAUCAAAAAUAUCAUUCUUUAGUGCGAAUGAAGUUUCAUUUUCAUUAGGUGGAUGUUCGUUUAUGAGAAUAGAAUAUCAAUAACAAUUAUUAUUAUUACGAGCAUUAUCUUACCAAUAUUGCGUUACAUUUGGAGGUAUCCUUUAAUUCGCGCGGAUUUUAUAUACCUAACACUAGUAUUGCAGAAGUGGGGGUCAUUUCGUUAGGCUUGUACAGUGUACAUGUAUCUACAUACUGUAAUUUGCUGCUGUGCUUCCACAAACAAACACGCAAUGUGUACAAUGCUUAGUCAAUACAUGUACAAAACAGGGAGCAGGAGGAUAAAUAAUAAUGGCCAGAAAAUUUGCUGCGUGGUUUAGACCCAUACAGACCAAUAUGUAUAAGUCUGUAUAUACCUGUGCAGACCUAUAUCCCGCGAUGUUUGAACGGCGAAAACAUUGAAGGAUAAAUGAACUUAAUUGUUAAAAAACACUAUAUCUUUUCUGGUAAUGAAUUUUUUUUCUUGUUAAAGAACAUUAAGAUGCCACAAAUGUUUGAUUAUUUUUUCUAAAAGAUUGUUAUUUUCACCGAGUUGAAACUAUAUUGGCAUUAAUGAAUGUUCAUGCCUAUCUAAAAUGCUUUAUUGAUCUCACAAAUAAUUAAAGCGAUUGUUCAUUUUUCUGCACUGAUUGCACAUUCAUUAUAUCGACUGACAUUUUGAUGCUAACGAAAAUUUAUUUCCUGGUAAUUAAGGGCAAAAGGUGUUAGAACAUUCUUGGCAGCAUUUGCUUCUCCGAACAGAUAUUUUACAGAAAACCGUCGUUGGGUGCCCAUGAAAGGGAAAGGCUUAAAAAACAGCAAUACAUUAGGAGUGUGAUGAAACAAUAGACCUGUUUCCAAUUAUUACAAUACCCACUUGGCACCGAGGCUGAAGGGCAUAAAACAAAAGAAUCGCAUUGAGAAUCAGUGAUCAAUAAUUCAUUACUUUUGUUGUAUUCCCCUCAACCUCGAAGCCAAGUAUGAAUUUUGAUUCGAAACUGCCCUAUUCUGUAAGCUUCCAAAGCUGCAAACCAUGUUAAAAACGGGAUAUGGUUAGCCCGGCCGGCCCCACCUAUAGCCUGCGAAUACAGGCUUUAUCCUUGCUUCUCGCCACUAACGAUGUUUCGCCAGGCGUCCCUGGUGGCGAGGAGGUAGGAGAAACGGCUGUAUUCGCAGGCUUGCCCCACCUAUUAACUUCAUAUUUGAUGAUCACUUAACAGGAAUGGGAUCUUUUGUAUUUUUUGUUUGUUUGUUUCGUUGUUGUUUUGUCGCAUUAUUGACACACCGAUAAUUCAUGGGUGAAGUGGUUAGAGUCCAAAAGCCAUCCCAUAAGCUGAUGAGCUCUCCUGAGUGUCAGUAAAAUACCGACUUGGGGCAGAGGUCGGAGCUUAUUGUUCUUGUUUUCAUUUUCUGUUGUUUUCCCCUUACAAAAACAGUCAAACACAAAAUGAAACAAAAGUACAAUGGACACUGACACCCGAACUGAGUCGAAGUUCUACUGGCGCCCGACUCUCUUCCAAUACUUAUCAUCUUUUUUUUUCUGACUUUCAGGUAGGAGUGGAAGUUUCUGGCUUAUCCAGAAAAUAUCUCCGAAAAGCUGUCGAAGCUAAGGAAAAGCAAAAACAAGAGCUUCGCCAGCUACAAUUUGAAAACGAGGAAGCCGAAAAAGAAAUGAGAAAGUUAGAGCUGCAAGGAGACCGAUAUGGGAUCAUUGCAGCCAUGUUUAUGCAAGAUGUUCCCUUCUUGAUUCUCCGACUUUAUCUUGUGUUUACCUACGACUUCUUCAAAUCAACGUUUCUUUUUUAUAUCGGAAAGAACAUAAUUUCUCUUAUGUUGAUGAUAUAUCGCCUUUAUGUUAUUCACUUUCACGCAAAGGACAAGGAAAUCAUUAUUGAAAAACCAAACGGAUUUCGGGGUCUUUCAUUCGCAUUAAUUGGAGCUCGGAGAUUCAAGUCAACCAAAAACAGCAAAAGGAAUGGUGUUCGCAAACAAGGCCUUUUUUCACCAAAACUGAGCAAGUAG